AUGGGGAGAUUGUCCUAUAUUCGGCGCUUCAUACUAGGUCUUGCUGCCACUAUGAGUGUUUUUGCUCCCUUACUCAAGAAGGGCAAGCCAUACGAAUGGAGCCAGGAAUGCCAAGAAGCUUAUCAGCAGGUGCAGCAAAUAAUUACUAAGCUGCCCACCAUGAAAGCGCCUAUUCCGGGACUUCCUCUCAAACUUUAUCUAGUUGCAACAAACACAGCGGUUGGGGCCUUACUUGCUCAAGACGACCAUGAUGGAGAAGAAGGCCCUAUUUACUAUGUGAGUAGGCAAUUAAGGGGAGCUGAAACAAGAUACCCGAAGACCGAGCUUCUAUGCCUUGCCCUUGUAUAUGCUGCACAAUGCUUGCGCCACUACUUCCUUGCCCACAAGCUACAGCUCAUAGUGAAGUCUGACCCCGUAAGGUACUUGCUCACAAGAUCGGUGCUCUCCGGACGUCUUGCACGGUGGCUACUGCAGCUAUCCGAAUUUGAUAUGACAUGCACAGCUCCUAGAGCCAUCAAAGGACAAGCCAUGAUUGACAUGCUGGCUCUAUUUCCUGAAGAAGAAGGACCAAUUCUCUCGGAAGAGAUUCUGGGGGAGCUGCCGGAAACAGUGGCUGUUGUUACAGAAGAAGAACCAUGGACCCUCUACUUUGAUGGUUCUUCUACGUCAAACGGUGGAGGAGCAGGCGUGGUACUCAUCAACCCCGAAGGGCAAGCCACGGCCCUCUCAUUCAAGCUAAAUUUCCCAUGCACAAAUAAUGUGGCGGAGUAUGAGGCAUUCAUUAUGGGGCUAUCUACAGCAAAGGAAAUGGGCAUAGAAAAGAUUAAAAUCAUUGGCGAUUCAAAUUUGGUGCUAAGUCAGUUACAAGGAAGCUUUGCUGUGAAGGAGUCAACAUUAGCACCAUAUCGCACAGCUGUUGAAAAGCUUGUCGGUUCUUUCAAGCAAGUGCUGCUGGAGCAUAUCCCGGGGGUCACUAAUAGAUACGCUAAUGCUUUGGCUACAUUGGGGUCAAAGCUCUCAUUCAUCCAAGAGCAGCCCAACAUCACCGUGAUAAAAAGAGAUGUUCCAGCAGUUGAAGCAAUGGCUCAAGAGGAGCUGCUGGAGGAAAAAGAUUGGAGAAAAUCCAUGAAAGAAAGUCUGAUCGAAGGAAGCAACAUCAAGGACUUGAAGGACUAUGUGGUUAUCUUCAGCGAACUCUACAGACGCCUGCCGGGAGGUAUUCUGACCCACUGCAUAGGACUGACAGAGGCACAAAGGAGACUCCGAGAGGUACAUGAAGCCACUUGCAACUUGGAGCCAAUAAUCAGCCUAUAUCGACGCCUGCAACGCAAGGGUUAUUAUUGGCCAGAAAUGAAGAGACAAGCAGCUGAAGUUCAAACCAAUUGUCCCAAUUGUGCAACGAUACCCUCCACCGAAGAGUCAUUCACCAUUUCGUUUGCGGAAGAUUGGAAGGCACCAUACUUGGCAUUCUUUAUUGAAGGAGUUCUACCAAGCAACAUUAAGCAUGCCCACAAGCUCAAAAGGACGCUGAAGAGAUACUUCAUAGAUGGAUCCACUCUCUAUCGCAAAGGGUUUAAUGGUGAACCUUUGAAAUGCUUAGGAGAAUCUGAGGCGCAGCAAGUGAUGCAGGAAAUUCAUGCUGGAGAAUGUGGUGAACACCAAGGGAUGAAGAGACUCCAUGGACAGCUGCUGAAUGUUGGGUAUUAUUGGCCCACCAUGAAGAAUGAUGCAUACAAUUUCGUGAGGAGGUGUCAUACGUUUCAAGUUCAUGCCAAUUUGAGUCACAAGCCUCCCACGUUAUUGCAGGACAUGCGUACUCCUUGGCCUUUUCACACUUGGGGGCUUGACUUGAUUGGAACUAUCCACCCACCUUCUGAUGGUUACAUAUGGAUCCUCACAGCCACUGAGUGUUUCACAAAGUGGGUUGAAGCAAUUCAUCUCCGAAAGGCCACGGGGGCUGCCAUUGCAAAUUUCAUCCGUGAAUACAUCGUCUGCAGAUUCGGAAUCCCAUACAAGAUCGUCACCGACAAUGGUACCCCAUUUGUUAACAAGCAAGUAAGCUCGACGCUUAGCGGAUAUGGUAUCAAGCAUCGUCGUUCCACGCCAUACUACCCGCAAGGAAAUGGCCAAGCGGAAGCCACAAAUAAAACUUUGUUGAGAAUCCUAAGCAAGAUGGUGUAUGAGUAUGAAGGAGGCUGGAGUGUCCACCUACCGGAUGCUUUAUGGGCUUACCGCACCUCUCCAAGGAGUGCUACAGGUUUCUCACCCUAUUCGCUUGUCUAUGGUUCCGAUGCCAUAUCGCCUGUUGAAAUUACUAUACCCACUGCUAGAGUAUCGGAUGUCAAUGACCUUGAAUGGGAUGCGAAGACAUGCUCGGAGUGGCACCUGAUAGACGUGGAGGCCUUGGAUGAAAAAAGAGAGGAAGCUGAAAGAAGAACAGCCCUUUACCACAAAACCAUUGCCCAAGCUUACAACAGGGCAGUCAAGCCACAAGCCUUCAAGCAAGGAGACCUCGUGCUAAAAGUUGUCGAGCAUAUAUCCAACCUGUCGAAAGAUCUCCAGGAAUUCACAAGAGCAAGUUUUCCAAAUGAGCAAUAG